GAUAGCAGGCCAUCACUGUACACAUUAAGCCUUCGAGUAUCCGAUGGUCUAGCUUAUGGGCAGAGCUUUCCAGGCCACUGUAAACCUGUCGAAUAGAGGAGAACAGCCGGGACACCCUCAUCAGCUCUGCACCCGCUUCAACCCGAGCACGAAGCCGCCACGAACGCGUCGAGUUCGCCUACGCGUAAUCACAUGAGCGGCGCUUUUUCGCCAUCAUCAUUGAAAAGAUAUCUUUAGAGGUGCUCCGGUCGAAACAAGACCCAUGGCGACUACGACGGUGCUGGAUGCGUUAUCGGCGCAUCUGAAACAAGUCCAAGAGGAUCCGAGCAUACCACUUGACGAAUCACUCAUAGAAAAGGGCGAGCUAUACACAAGCACGAACGAGUAUCGACAAUCAGCAUGGACGGAGACGAAGCUUCUCUUCCAACAGCUGGCAAUUCUACUGCCGAAUCUGCAGCAGGACCCUUCGCCGCUAAUACGUUUCAUCCUCAAGCUAACCACGCCCUACACGUUCGAUGAUAUCAAGGAUCUGGACUUUGAGAUAGGUCUGCAACUGGCAGCCGAACCAUUCCACAGCCUCCUUCUCUCCCUCCUGGAAAAGGCCGCUUCUAAUAGCAGCCAUGUGCAGAUGCUCGCAAACCGUCCGAAUAUCGUCUAUGCCAUCGUCCGCCUGUGGCUUUGUACUAAGGAUACGGCGGUGGCCACACAGGCUGCCGAUCUCCUAGUGUCUUUACUGCGGGCCUCGAAAGACGAGUCAAUGGCCGAUGGUGGGGAAGUGCAAGUGUACCAGUACGGCAGGGCACCCAUCUGGAAGCGUCUCUUCCACGACCAGAGCAUAUACAGACUCUACUACCACUACACAUCUAUCCGAGACAUAUCCCAAGACAUUGAACCAGUGCUUGAUAAAAGCAGCAAAACCAUUGCGCAAGGGAGGUUGCUUCAGUGGCUAUACCAGGUCGGUCAGCUGAGUUGGGAGAUCCUGACGGCAAGCCACAUGCCGGAAAUCGAGAGAAAGGUCGGGCUCGCGGAAGGGCAAGGCUUGCUUCACUAUGCCGCCCUCAAGAUGGUGGAUACAGCGGACGACGUGCUGAUGCACCUCACUCUGAUCGACUUCUUCGCCGAUCUCAUCAAGAAUGUGAAAACGCCUACUCAGGCCAACACAUCCAGUGUAUCACUUGACUUCCUUAAAGAACACAACAUACACAAGUCGAUCAUUGAUAACCAUACCGCGAAGGACCGAAGUCUGGAACAAGGGUUCCUCCACUCGCGCACUGCCCACUACAUAGCGGAAUAUGUCUCCAGCUAUCCCGACGAUUCUGAGAAUAGCGCCGAGACGCUCACCAUUCGACAGUACGUGCAACGGAAGGUGCGGGAACUGGAUCCUUCUGAUCUCAGCAUCAUUGCUGCUAUGCCGCGGACGAGUUUGAUUCCGCGGCAUGCGGCCGAUUUGAGAGGCGAUGGAUGUGUGGUUCUAAACAUACCCUUCCGGAAGACCACGCCGGAUGCUCUCAAGACCCUGGCAGCGGUGUUUCAUGGGCCUCAGCGGGAAGAGAUCACCUUCCCGCUUUCCUCUGCUCACCCUCCCGCAUCCCCCGCACGCAUCUCAGAAGAGCGCGUCUGCGCCCGCCUCCUCACCUACCUCUACCUCACCAAGAACCCCACCUUCUUCUCCGAUUUGAUUUCCCACGCCGACACGGUCGCCAUGACGGACACGGCCCUCGCUUCUCUCACCGUCCUCUCCGCCCUCAUCACGUCCAACUGGGAGACGGGCUCCCCCUCGCAAGAAGCCCUUUACCUCUCCGACGAUCCAACCGCGAUCCAGCAAGCGCGGUCAUUCCCGCACUCCGGUGUCGCCCUCGUACUCGAUUCCGCCCUCAGCGGUGCGGUACUGCCGUACUUGCUGCGGCCGCCCAAGUCCUUCUCCAACCUCGUGGGUGGGCGAGGCGGCGCCGAGAAUGCGGCGUACAAGGUUGCGGUCGCCAAGUUCGACGUCGUCAAGUUGUUGUAUGACGGGCUGGUACGUGCGGGCGAGGGUGGUGGUGGGUAUGGAGUGGUGGUGGAUAUGUUGAGGAGGAGGAUCAAUGAGGGCGUCUGGGGGAAUCUGGAUGCGGCCGGGAGUCGGAUUGCGACGUUAGGGGCAUGAGAGAGAAGAUACUGCGAGUGGGGAGGGGCUGGAGGUUCGUUGGACCCCCAAGCAACGCGGGACGCAACCUGGAUCCAGUGCCUUAUUCAAAGGGUGUGACGAUGCCGGGAAGGAUUACUACACGUCGGCGGGAUUGGCGUCUGUUAGCUCAGCGAUCGGUUGGUCAUAUAGAAAAGGUGGAGAUGAUGGAGAUGAGCAAAUCUAUCAUUUGUAUCUACUGUAUGCAACAAGGGCAAGCGAGUAAUGUAUACAAUAUAUCUAUGGUAGUCACAAAUGCUAAUCGAGGCGCCAUUCAGG